ACUUUAUCAUCAUAUUCUCUCUUCAUCUCUCUCUUUUUCUCUCUCCACCCAUCAACAUUAAUGGAAGAUUCUAAGACUCAACCCGAUGCCUAUGAUUAUAAGGGUCGCCCUUCCCUGAAAUCCUCCUCCGGCGGCUGGACAAGCGCCGCCAUGAUCCUAGGUGUGGAGACUUGUGAAAGGUUAACGACUCUAGGAAUUGCCGUGAACUUGGUGACCUACAUGACCGGAACAAUGCACGUCGGGAAUGCAACCGCCGCUAAUACAACCACUAAUUUUCUCGGCACAUCUUUCAUGCUUUGUCUCCUUGGUGGUUUUAUUGCCGACACUUUCCUUGGUCGGUAUCUAACCAUUGCUAUUUUUGCCGCAGUACAAGCAACGGGUGUAACCAUCUUGACAAUAUCAACCAUAAUUCCCAACCUCCGACCACCAAAAUGCUCCGGCGAGAACCCAUCAUCCUGCAUUCCGGCCACCAGCAACCAACUCUUGAUACUAUUCCUAGCUCUAUACCUAACCGCACUCGGCACGGGUGGGCUUAAAUCGAGCGUAUCCGGAUUCGGAUCCGAUCAAUUCGACGAAACAGAUAAAGAAGAGAGAAUAAAGAUGUCGUCUUUCUUCAAUUGGUUCUUCUUUUUCAUAAGUAUUGGAUCACUUUUAGCUGUGACAGUACUAGUUUACAUACAAGAUAAUUUGGGAAGGGAAUGGGGAUAUGGAAUUUGUGCAGGUGCCAUUGUUAUUGGGUUAAUCGUGUUCUUGUCGGGAACAAGACGAUAUAGGUUUAGGAAAUUGGUUGGGAGUCCUUUGACACAGAUUGCUGCGGUUUUUGUGGCGGCUUGGAAGAAAAGAGGGAUGGAAUUGCCUUUGGAUUCGACUAUGCUUUUUGAUAUUGAUGAUUUGCCAGGUGAUGAAAUCAAGAACAAGAACAAGAAGAAACAAAAGUUGCCAAGGACUGAGCAAUUGAGAUUCAUGGACAAGGCUGCCAUCAAUAACAAUGAAAUCAUAUCCAAUCGAGGAACCCCGGUGGUUAACAAAUGGGAGAUUUCAACAUUAACGGAUGUUGAAGAAGUUAAAAUGGUUAUUCGAAUGAUGCCCAUUUGGGGCACAACCAUCAUGUUUUGGACCGUCUAUGCCCAAAUGACAACUUUCUCGGUUUCCCAAGCCACCACAAUGGACCGUCACAUUGGCAAGUCCUUCGAAAUCCCACCGGCUUCCCUAACCGCAUUCUUCGUUGGAAGCAUCCUUCUAACUGUCCCCAUUUACGACUUCAUCAUUCUUCCAAUCACACGAAAACUCCUCAAGAAUCCCCGAGGCAUGAACCCUUUGCAAUGCAUUGGUGUUGGCCUCAUUUUCUCGAUACUCGCCAUGGUGGCGGCCGCCAUGACUGAGGUUAAGAGGCUCAAUGCAGCCCGUUCUAACGGUCUAUCCGACGAUCCAACAGCUGUGAUCCCUUUAAGUGUGUUCUGGCUUAUCCCUCAAUUUAUAUUGGUGGGGUCCGGUGAGGCGUUUACGUACAUGGGUCAACUCGAUUUCUUUCUUAGGGAGUGUCCGAAGGGGAUGAAGACGAUGAGCACGGGGUUGUUCUUGAGCACGUUGUCUUUAGGGUUUUUCUUUAGCUCGUUGUUGGUGAGUAUUGUGCAUAUGGCAACGAAAGGAAAACCGUGGCUGGCCGACAAUUUGAACCAAGGGAAAUUGAACGAUUUCUAUUGGUUGUUGACUAUUUUGAGUGUGGUGAAUCUUAUGUUGUAUAUUAUGGCUUCUAAGUGGUAUGUUUAUAAGGAUCAGAGGCUUGCUGCUGAAGGGAUAGAGUUGGAGGAAGAGGAUUUUACUUCCCAUGCUUAAAAAUUAACUCACCAACUCUUUUUUUUCAUGUUACUAUUUCAUAAGGUUACUUUUCUUGUUGUAAUUCUCUCUUUGGCAUUGUCUUUUUCUAUUAAAAAACUGUGUGACAUAAGGGGAGAAGAGAGAAAAGAAAAAAGAGGAGAGAGAUCUCUCUCCAACUUACUCUUGUAUGUA